AUGCUACGGUGGAAAGACAAGAGACUUGGACGACAUUUGUUGUCGGUCCCAUUCCAAAGGAACUUAAUACAUAAAACGGAGUCUAUGACCCACUCAAAGGGCUUUUAA